GCCAUCCCCCAACAAUGGAGCAGUGGCUGCCGCUGUUCCGCCACCUCCUCGCCUGCCCCGUCGCCAACGCCGACGCCUUCUCCUCGUUCCCUGCCUCCGGCGACUGCCCCAGCUCGCCUCCCCCGGCGGCCGCGCUCCUCCGCCUCCUCCUCUCCCCGGCACCCACGCUCCCCGCCUCCCCCUCCGACCCCACGGCUUCCAUCCUCUUCCAGACCCUCCCGCCCUUCCUCCAGUCCCAGGCGCUCUCCUUCCUCGCCUCCUCCUCCGGCCUCCUCGACCCGCACCUCCUCCGCGCCCUCGCCGCCCGCGUCCUAUCCGCCCCGCCUGGCUGGUAUGGAUUCUGGGUCCUCUGCGGUGCCCGCCACCUGCUCGACGGAUUGCCCGAGGAGGAAGGCGUCCCGGUUGUCGCCUCUGAAGAGUUCGUUGAUGGGUUCCACGAGCCGCCUCCGUGGCUUAAAGAAGAAGCGGCGCGGUCACGUCCUAUCUUGCCGUGGCUCCCUUUUGAAUGCCGGAGCGUGUUGGGGAGCGGGACCUGUGGUGGUGGUGGUGGCGGUGGCGGGGGUGGUUUGGACGGGAUUGGGUUGGAGACGUUGGUGCUGGCGCAAGACGAGGAUGUGGAGAUGCAGGAGGCUGGGUGCGUUCUGCUGCCUCAGGCUCCUCCGCUCGCAGAUUCGAUUGUGCAGAGAGCCCUGGCUGUGCAGAAGGAGAUUGUGACUGUGGAAUCUGUCUUGGUGGUGCAGCGCGUGGUGAAGGAUUUGCAGGACCUUUGUGUUGAGUCCAGGAAUGCUGUAGCAGUGCUUAGCUUAGUACAACCGUGGGAAGCUGAUGAUGACACUCUAAGGGUCUUCCCUACCAAUUUUGUGCUUCCGGAGGAUGGGGUGCAAGGAGGAGGACCAGCACUUGUUCUGUGUUCUAUUUUCCUACCACAGUUACUCAAGCUUCAAAGACCACCUUCGUCGGUCCUUCUUUCUGCUGUGUUGGAUCUCUGCAAGCGCCACCCAGCUGCAGCACUGGAAGCUGUACUCUUUCCACUGGUUCUUAGAAAGGGUGGGCUAAAUGUUCCCCAGUGUGAUUUGCUAACACGUAUUGUGAAGGAAUGCAUUCAUCCACUGCAUGUUGCUGCUUUCUGCCAUAGGCUGCUUUCAGGGGAGGAGCAAGAGCGGAAACCAGUUUGUAUGCCACAGCAUUACGAGAAUGUUGGUACUCAUUUGAUCUGGACAGAAUCUCUGUUCACACUAUUUUACAGCAUUCUCAGCCAAGAUAUUUGCUUGACACCAAGCACCAUUGGUGAGCUAAUUUCUAUCAUUGAUGAGCGGGCAUCAGAGUUCUCGAGGUCAUUGAAAUUUGGCAACUUUCUGCUGUGCUUAGUGUCGAAGUGUUGGCAUCAAUGUAAGAAUCAGAGGGUUUUGCUCGAGAGAGCUGCUGAGAGAACUAACACUUUCCUGACCAAAGCUAUAUUGGCGAAACUGCGCGCUGCAAGUUGAAGUUAAAUGUGAAACUUUUUUGCAUGCAGAUGUUAGAAAAGAAAGUGAAAUUGUCCUCAUCAAGACAAUGAUGCAUAUUUUGCUACUUACCCAAAAGAAACCCCAUUGCGCACAGGCAUUAUGGAGGAGUGAAAGUGUCUCUGACCUCUUCUCACCGUACAGCUGAUCCAUCUUUAUCACUGGAAUCUCCAUUUCCCAGGAAAAAGGCGUGUAGCAGUGUAAACAGAUGUGUUGCUUGCUCUUCUAAAGUUGGCACGCUACAUCUACAGCCGGCCAGGUAUUUAUAGUGGCCCGGGAGGCCAGGAAUGUUGGGAAUAUCCUUCUCGAGAUUGCUAACAUGGUUUUGUUUGAGAAUGAAGGAAACCUUGCUUUCUCAUGAGGUUUAUGUAGAAUCAUGUCCAGAUACAUGCCACUAUUCCCAUGUGAUUUAGCUAAGAUAGCUAUGUGGCAUCCUUCGAGGCUCAUCAACAUGGUU